AUGAGAACCUCAUGUAGUUUAUACGCUAUUCAAUUGCUUUUAGAUGUUAGUGGAGCCGAGUCCACAAAAUUAACCGGAGCGUUCAAGCAAAUGGGCCGCACAUGGGCAAAGACUGAGAUGCCUGCUGCAGGCCAUGUAUACGGUGGCGCUGUGAUUGACGGGACAGACUAUCCAUUUCUCGCGGUGCUUAUAGAUGAUCAGGUGGAUCACUUUAUACAAGUUUGCGACGGAUCGCUUGUUUCGGAUACCUUUGUACUAACGGCAGCACAUUGUG